UUCAUGACUUCAAAACUUUAUCCAGAAUUUUAAUUACACGCAGAAAACGUCAAUCCUCCCCCCAAAUAAACAAAGGGUAAAGUUGUCGGCAAUCUAUUGUGAAAGAGGAAUUAUUUCAUCCAUUGUUAAAUAUUUGAAUUCGAGGAAAUUGAUGUUUGAUAUUAUGGAGCGAAGUAGAUUGUUAAGGAUGUUGCUGUUAUUAUGUUUAUUUGGUGUUUCUUUUGGCAGAGUGCUCAACCUUGAACACGGUGAUAAAUUCUCUGUCUACAAUCACACGCUUGCCAAAAUUUUGGUGGAGUACAACGCGGCAGUGUACGAGUCAGACUUGACUGAACUAUUUACCUGGACUUGCUCAAGAUGUAAUGGAAUGACAAAGGGAUUUGAAAUCAUAGAGCUUAUUGUUGAUGUCCAGCAUUGCUUGCAGGCAUAUGUUGGGGUUGCUAAGGAUCUGAAUGCUAUUAUUGUUGCAUUUAGAGGAACCCAGGAACACAGCAUCCAGAAUUGGGUUGAAGAUCUGUAUUGGAAACAACUUGAUUUAAAUUAUCCUGACAAGCCCGAUGCAAUGGUUCACCAUGGAUUCUAUAAUGCCUAUCAUAACACCACACUUCGCCCUGGAGUUGUUGAUGCUGUUAAACGAACGACACAAAUGUUUGGAGAAAUGGACCUUAUUGUAAUAGGGCAUUCAAUGGGUGGGGCUAUGGCUGCCAUUUGUGCACUUGACCUCACGGUACAUCACGGAAUAAAAAAUGUUCAUGUCACAACCUUUGGGCAACCACGGAUUGGAAAUGCAGCUUUUGCUUCUUACUACAGCCAAUUUGUCCCAAACACAAUCCGUGUCACUCAUGAGCAUGAUAUGGUGCCUCAUUUGCCGCCUUAUUAUCCUUAUUUCCGUCAGAAGUCAUAUCAUCAUUUUCCUAGAGAGGUAUGGCUGUAUAAUAUUGGAUUUGGAAGUUUAGUCUACACUGUUGAGAAGAUUUGUGAUCUUUCUGGUGAAGAUCCAUCUUGUAGCAGGUCAGUUAUGGGGAAUAGUGUAUUGGAUCACCUGGUCUAUUACGGUGUCAAUUUAGCAGCUGAGACAUGGAAUUCCUGCAGAAUUGUGUCUGGUCCCCAUCUUCUGAGGUACACAACUACAGAUCACGCUGGAAAUAUUAUCUUGUCCAAGCAACCUGGGUCUACUGUUUACCUUAGAGAUGGAGUGUCAGGCAAUGGGGCUAGCGUUUUAUAAUAUUUCUGGGUUUUAGGUCUCCUUGUAGGAAUACUCUGGGUCCCUUUAUCUUCUUAGCUUUGGAAGAGAAGGAAGGAGGAGGGGCAACCAAAUCCUGCCGAAAGUUGCAGUGGAUCUGUAUAUAUGCAGUGUUUUAUAUAGUGUAUUGUAUGAGAGUGAUGGAUAACUCAAGUGGUUAGAGCUUCCCUCCCGAUUCCAGGAGAUCCUGGGAUCGAUUCUCACCCCCGCUCUUGUGGCUCUCUAAACACCAAAAAAAAAAAAAAUAUAGUGUAUUGUAUAAAUAAUGCUUGAUAAUUGUAAAUUCAAAUUCGUGCUACUUAAAUGAAUGAAUUAUUUGCUCAUUUCAGGUUCCUA